AUGAGCUCAAACAAGCUGUCUGCGGUGUUACAGAAGCAGAUUCACAGCCUCUGUCUCGAUGACUUUCCUUGUGGAUUUGGCACCUGGAGAAAGAGCAAAGGUAGUACAGAAGGAACAGAGACAGAGGAGACGGACUCCCUCCUCGAUCUGCUGAGCUGCCCUCACUCUCCAUGGCGGCAUGAUGAAGCAUGGAGCCCUCAAGCUCCGGCCCUGAGACAGCUGGCUGUGCUUAGACAUGAACGUCUGCGCCCGAACUUCAUUUACAAUUUCUUUACUACACUUCGCAUCGUGGACAAGGGCGUAUCAGUCAUCGACGACGGCCUGUUAAAGUUCUCAAAGCUGGAGGAAUUGGUGCUGAGUGCCAACAACAUUUCAGAAAUUCCUGCAGAAAACCUUCCAAGCACUUUAAAGAUUUUGGAGCUACGUGCCAACCGGCUGUCUGCUCUAAACAGUCCCACCAACGGCCCGCCUCUUCGCCUACAGUACCUCGGCCUUGGCUCAAACCGUCUGGGCUCCGAUGAUGACAUAUGUUAUCUUACAGGAAGACACUGGCCCCAGCUGGUGUGUCUGGACCUGAGUGACUGUGAGUUUCAGGACCAGCGGGCCCUGCUGAGCGCCUUGAGCACGCUCCCCUGUCUGAGGACGCUGGUGCUGGAAGGAAACCCCUUCACUCUUGCUUCCUCCUACCCGGGCUUCACUGUAGACAGUCUCCCACAGCUCUCUUGCCUGGACGCCUCAUGGAUCUCCCCUGAGGAAAGACAUUGUUUUAGGGGCAUGGCCAAGAAGAGUGAUCUGAUAGUGGACCGGGCAUCAGCGAGAGUGAGUGUGGGCCGGAUGAGGGGAAUCCCAGCCGCUUUGAUGAGUGUGGAAGAAAACGCUCCUGACUUCCCUGUCGUCACCUACAGCUAUUUUAUCACAUACGAGUUCCUUAGUCAUCAAACUGUCAACCUGAUAUUCGACAGUGAGUCUAAAUUUGACGCAGCACUUGUGACAGAAGACUGCGCCAGUGCUGCUGACCUACAAUCAAACAAAAGCUGUGAGAAAGAAUCGUCCAAACCAGACACACAAGCCCUGAUGGUGGAUAAUGAGGAAACCUGCCAUGAUAUUGCACAAGUGUCAAGACACAGCACAUCAAAGCUGACAUGGUCAGACUGCAUGGACUUCAGUGACACACAAACGCACGUUGUGAGUGAUCUGGGAGGCUUAAAGAGAUUCUUCAAUCAAGGACUUUAUCUUACGAUAGAGGAGGAAAAGGUCUUGUCAUGGCCGGCAGCCUCUGAAGACGCCCCGGUGGGCAAAGCCAGCCGAACUGUAAAAGAGAAGAAAUGCCGUAAAGGGAAAGAAUCUCCAAUCAAAUCUGGUUCCACCAAAGACAAGUCUAAAGACAAAAAGAAGAAACCUGUACCAGAGUUGGUCCAGGACGCCUCCAUCAGAAGCAUCCUUGGCUCCGUUCACGUCCCCUUGCAAAGCCUGUUCAAAAGAGAUCAGAAGGUGGAUGUCCUUUGUGACCUUGGUGCUCUGCACACUGAGUCUGAGGGGGAAGCUACACAAACACUUGAAAAGGAUCUGGGAAAGAAAAUCAAAGAGGACAAGAAGAAGGACAAGGAAUCAAAGCGGAGAGCACACAGCGGCACUAAACAGAAGAAUACAGCAGCUUUAAAAGGCAAAGGAAAGGGAAGGAAGGAAUGCGAGAUGGACGUUGGCAGCAAAGACAACUCUGUGUCCGUCCAUCAGGAACGGGCGACUGUGGAGUUGAUUGUGGAGCUGGAGAAGUGGCAGUCUGCAUCUGAAGCUCAUCAACCUCUGCUCCCACAUCAACACUCCUAAAGCAAACAGCCUGUUUCGUCUUAAAGCAAGAUUAGAGCAGCUGCGCCUGGAUCUCUGACUUAUUUACCGUUUGACCUUCUGUACAUUAUGCUGAUGGUGAAUACACAGAUAAUAGUUAAUUGAUAUUUGUUUCCACCACAUGGAGGUUAUCAUGUCACAAACCCAGUAGCAUAG